AUGAUGAAAAUUUUAAAGGUUUUUUUUUCAGAAUUGUAUGGACAUAGAAAAUCUACAAUCGUCAAACAACAGGUCACAGAAAAGUCGUCCUCCGGACGGCUUCAACGCCAUCUUACAGACAGCAUUUUCUGCUAUUUUGGCGUUUGUCCUCUCUCUACGUAUAAUUGUGUUCGCCACGGCCCGGAAACGACUUACCACCACGGCGGCAAAUCCGGAUAUUCAGGUUGAGGAGGCGUCGUCUUCCUCAUCCGAUACCAGCUCCGACACCGAAAUUGUAGAAGAGGGUGUAUUUAUACAGAGACAAGGGGAACCAACCAUGUCAGAGAAAAAACCGGCACAAGGAAUGCCGUCCGUAAUGUCGCUGCUUCAAACUGACGAAAUUUUGUCAUCAUGCUCAGAUGACGAACCAACCACAUCCGGACUCAUUCCAUUGCCAUCCUUGAUUCAAUCAAACAUGAGCGUCCUGCCAAACUUUCUUCACACUAUUAACGAGGAAGAAUCUGACGAGAUCCGUUCUCUCACCGGAAGCAGUCUAGCAUCUCCGAGAACAGUCGUUGACCGUCGUUUAUCCAACAUCUCCUUGCUUAGUCCCACGCCUGACGAGGAUUUCGGACUAGAACAGCAGGAACAACAACCAGAAAAUAGUGAAGAGGUGCGCGGUAGAGAGAGUAGAACCAGCUUAGAAGAAGAACGAAUUGUUGUUGGCGAGCCACGGACUACGCGUCAAAUCGAGAUUACACAGUCUGCUUCGGAAGACGAUCGACUUGAUUUGCUCAAGGAGCUUGCCAAGAUUGGAAAGUCAAAUACUUCUACAAGCCAGAUGAGCACAACGACACCUGAAAAACCAGAAGAAAUCAUUGACGCCACUGGCACAAGUGACACCGCCGAAAAGAUCGAAGUAGUGAUCUCAAAGGAAGAACCGGCAGAACAAAAGAAUGAAGUCGAAGAGCCCGAUUAUGCUCAAGUUCCAGCCGAAUCAGAGGAUGAUGCAGCUCAAGAACUUGCACCAACUGACAGCGCAAUACAAGUAGUUCAUGUUUUAGAAGCACCACAAAAGGCAGAGUUAGUGACCAUCCCACUAGCACAUAGUGAAGCAGAAGAUCACAAACUCGCCGACGCCGAUCGUGAUCAAGAGGAAGAACUGGUUUUCAACGAGGAGCGCCGCAAAACAGUGACCAUGGACGACAACGCUUCACUUCGCUCUGCAUCUAUCACAUUUGACGCAAAUCGCGACGAGCAAGAUUUGUUGAACGAAUCUUUUGCUUCAAACCCAACUGAUGAGACAGUGUUGAUGCAAAAAACCAAGGACGAAAUGGAUGCAACCAGCGAGCGUCCAAGAUCACCAUUAGACCUUCCACCUCCACCAGCAUCAGUUGUUCUUCAUCCGUCUGCUCCUCCACCGCCACCGCCUCCAUUGAGCUCGACAGAAGUUGUUGGAAAUACUACCACUACAACUACGACGCACUACGCUCCAAAAACGUGGAACGAUCCGUCCAUCACAACUGCUCCAAAAAUUCCAGUUUCCUUACUGUCAGGAGCACAACCACUGCCAAGUGUUUUAACACAAAGAACCACUACAAGCUCUUACAGUGCUCCAAAUUAUUCAGCUUCUUCAAUGAGUGGUGUUCCGAGUGAUGUUGCGCCGCCUCCACCGCUACCGAUCCCGAAUCAGUCGUCAUCAUCUGCAGCCAGCUAUCAACACCAUCACGCAUCUUCUAUCUCAAAGUCAAUCAGUUCGUCCCGCGAAGAUCUUCUCUCGGAACACGCGACGUCUCGAUCCACUGUUCGCGAGAUCCCGGUGCAUCGCGCGCCGUCAACGGCACCCUCGCACAGCAGCGUCUUUGAAUACCAUAUGAUGCCAACAACAACCUCCACAUACCAUCAUGUGGAGACACCAUCGGACGAGUACUACCGACGAGAAGUGAUGACAAGAACAAUUAUUACUAGAAGCACAGAAGCAUUGUCACAAACACCUCUCGGAAGACCUGCAUCACCUCUGGACAGAUAUCUUCCAUACCCGACCACAACAACAACUACUAGCGGUGACGGCAGAACUCGCGAGGAGAAAACCGUUGAUUAUAAGGUCACUUAUCACCGAGACAUUGAAGAACAGGAGCGUAGAAUCAGAGAGGAUCAAGCACGGCGUCAACAGGAAGAGCAGGAUCGUCGUGAUCGUGAAGAUAAUGCCAGAAGAAUAUUAGCACAAAGAGAACAUCAAGAAAUGGAACGUCUUCGUGAGCAGCAGAACCUUUCUGAAAGAGCACUUGCUGAACGAGAGCGCGCAGACAAAGAACGUCUUCAACAAGAACGUCUUCUCCGCCAACAACGUGAAAAGAAACGUCGUGAAGAAUGGGAUCGCCUUGAGAGCAUACGUCUAGCUGAGGAAGAAGCAGAACUUGCACGACGCAGAGCACUCGAAAAAGAGCGCAUUGAUCGUGAAAAAGCUGAAGAAGAGAGAAAAACAAUGGAACGUCUUGAAAGAGAGCGUGCUCGUUUGGAAAGAGAACGUCUCGAAGAAGAACGUCGCCAAAAGGAGAAAGCCGAGACGGAGAGAAUUGAACGUGAAAGACGUGAACACGAAAGAAUAGAAAUCGAACGUAUCGAAAGAAUCAAAAGAGAAAGAAUAGAACGGGAGCGUCGUGAGCGUGAAGAGAAAAAGGCAGAGGAGGACCGUCUGCUUCGAGAACGUCUUGAAUUGGAACGAAUCGAGCGUGAACGUCGCGAGCUGGAAGCUCGAGAGCGUCAGGAACUUGAGCUUCAACGUCGUGAAGCUGAAGACCGGGAACGCCAACGUCUCGAAGAUGAGGCUCGCGAGAUGCGCCGUCGUGAAGAAGAGCGCCGAGAAGCAGAAUUGGUUGCAGAUGUCCAUAGACAAGCUGAAGAACGUGAACGACUCCGCAAGCGUCAAGAGCGUGAAGAGGCUGAACGUUUGGAAAGAAUCCGUCUUGAGCAGCAGAAGAUUGACAUGGAAAGAAUUGACGCUGAACGACGAGAACGGGAGAGAAAAGAAGAAGAGCGACGAGAAUUUGAGCUUAUUGAAGCAGCAAGACGGAAGAAGGAAGCUCGUGAUCGUGAUCGUCUUGAUGAGAUGGAACGCGAGCGCGUAAGAGAAGAAGAAGAGCGCAGAGAAAAGGAGCGCCGUGAACAAGAACGUAGAAUUGCCGCUGAGAAAGAGCGCAAGAGAAGACAAGAAGAGGAGGAAGAAAUUGCUCGUCUGAAUGAACUUCAAAGAGCUGCUGCUGCUCGCCAAGCCCAACGUAACGCAGAACUUGACCGCCAAAGACAGCGUGAUGAGCUGGACCGAAAGGCCCAAGAGCUUUCGGAGCGGGAAAUGCGAGAAAAGGAACGUCGUGAUCGUGAACGAGCCAAUGAAGAGGCUCAACUAGCUGAUCUUUUGGAACGUGAACGCCACAAUCAACUCAUUCGUGAAAACGAGCGAAGAGAAGCUGUUGAGCGUGCCAACAAUCGUCGUCUGGAAGACAGAAGAUCACGCGACAAGUUGGAUCACAUUGUACGUGAAAGAUCCGAAAAGGAGCAAUUUGAACUCGAGAAGCGCAGACUUCUUGCCGAGAAGGAGGCAAUGAACAGAAAGAAAAACCAUCUGUUGAGCAGUGAAACUCUUGCAAAACUUACUCAGCCAAUGUACUACACGACUCGCGAACCAGAAGUCACCACUAAAGUGGAAAGACAAGUUAUCGAGCGUAUUGACCGUAACGUAUGGGUUGAGGAUGUGCCAUAUGCUCCAAGCCAGAGUGCCAUGGGUUAUUUGGAUAAUGACGAGAACAACCGUGAUCGUCUUUACAACCCGAAUGAUUUGAAUAGAAACGGAUCCAGCAGAAGCCGCUACCAACGUGCCAAAAAUGAGAAAGCCCGCCGCGACUUCUACCAUUCAUCACAGGAUUCCGCAGAUCCAGUUACUGAGCGUUUUCGUAAAUCCACUGAUGACUUAACAACUCGUUCUCGCCCAGAAUAUCGUGGCCCAUUGCUUCAAAAGUUCCAUGACUCUGAAUUCCGAACCACCGCUCUAAAUGAAACCGACGGUUUGCCAUAUCGCAGAAUGGGGCCAAGUCCAUAUGAGCAGCCGUUCGCGAAACUUCUCGAAGAAACCGAAAGACGCUACGCUCAUUACAACAGCCGUGCCAGCAACCCGUCUAUUUACCAGUCAAGCCGUUAUUACUAUCCGGAGAGGCAUGGACAGCCACAGCACACGGACAAUACUCGUGCCGAGUCCGUAGUUGCCUACGAACGUGAGAGCCGCCGUGAAUCACCAGCAGACCAAGCUCACAUCAGAAGCCGUUCUGCAGAUUAUCUCAUGGAUAGAAGAAUCCGUGAAGAAACCGAGGUUCCAGAGAACCAACUUCAAAAAACUCGCGUGGAACCUCAUGAUCAGUCACCACGGGAAUCUCGUAUUUCAGAAUAUGAAAUGCGCUUCCGCAAAUCAACCGAGAAGCUAACCGUUCCUGACUGGUACCGUGAAAACAGACCACAGGGUCAAACUGCUCAAACUUCAACCUACCGAUAUGGAAAUGGAGUUGAGCCAAUGAGCACCACAACAACAACCACUACUGUUAUUAAUGGAACAUCUUCUCAUCAGCAAGCACCCCCUCCAGUACCACCACAACCAAUUGGAAACAUUGGACUGCCGCGUGGCAUGUUUGAUAGAUACAAGGAUGACAUUGAAGAGCUCCGACGCUCCCGCUCAUCACUUCAUCAAACUGGUCAACAGGAAACGUCGAACCGACAGGGAUCAACGCUGAGUGUGGGUGGCAUUGUCGAUCAAGGACACGCUCUCCCAGGCUACACAGUGUCAGAAGUGCCGAAUGCGUGGAACCUGCAUACUAGCCGCACUUCUCGUGUCGUCGAGGUCGCCGACACGUUUGUCGGUACUUCUUCACAUGAAUACGGAAACUUCACAAAUCGUUACGGAGGCCGAGUUACAAUAGAAGAAGUGCUCGACUCAAUCUUCCAGAAGGUGACUCCAACGAAUCAGAGACUAAAUUUUGACAGGAGUUACCCACAAGCUGACGAGUUAUUCCAAGGAAACGUUGAUGGCCCAGGAAUUUAUACGAACAACUAUAGCGUGAUGCGUCAAGUGCUCAAAUCGCCAGAAAGAGCUGAGCACAUUCUACAAAAUGAGGAGUUAUUCGUUAGAUGUACUGAAUGUCACAGAACCAGAGAACUAUCCGCAGCUAGACUCUUUUUUGUGUCCUGCAAGCACUGCUACACAUACUACUGCUCUAGAGAAUGCAGGCAUAACAAUUGGCCAAACCACUCGGGAAGAUGUUCUUUUGCACGAAUUAAUACAUUAUGUAAAGAUGUUAUCAUGAAAGUUCGAGAGGAUGAACAGGCUCAAGCUUUCAUGUCGAAAGUCGCCAGAGACGGUUUUUCAGUUAGUGGGAGAGGAAGUGUGAAUAUUCGUCUGUCAUCCCCACAACUCGCACAGGCAUACGUCAGCAACGGAUGGAGAGCACUUUCCGCUUAUCCAAAUGACCAACUUCUCUAUUACUACACUGUCAAAGCUUUGAUUGCUGAAAGGAAAGAACCUUCUUUGAUUGCCCUUUGUAAUCGGUAUGAACCAAGAGAAAAGUUCAUUCUUUCCGUGUCUAUCAUUGCUGACAUCGAGCACUGCCCAGAGACUCCACCUCCAGAGACACGCGAACUCUCAGCCGUCCAAUUCUCCUCUCCUAGAUCCCGCUACGAAGCCAUUCAGAAUCAAAAUGCUCCAUACUUCUCAGAAUUUGCACACAAUGUCUAGAUAUAAAUUCAUCUUCAUUUUUAUUAUGAGCCAAUUAUUACAAUUUUAAUUACAAUUCGUUCAUUCAAGCAUCCUAUCCCGUGAUCUUCUAUUGAUAGACCAACAACAAUGCCUAUGAGUUACUUUUAUUUUUUCUUCCUUUUCAUCCCUUCCCAGGUUUCUUCUUUAACAGCCAUGGCUUCACUGCUCUAAUUGUAAGCUUUCAUCUCUUCUGUCCUUCUAGUAAAUGUUCAAUUUCUGCCAUUCAAAUGUUAUAUUAAAUCUAUAAAUAUAUAAAUUUUCAAAUAUC